AUGGCGCAAGCUCCAGCGGAAUACCAUUUUUUCAACACGGCAUUGUACGUUGGGGAUCUUGACAGCAGCGUCACCGAAGAUCAGCUCUAUGAUCACUUCAACGUGUUGCUUUAUACCGCAAAAGCAUUGAAUGAGCUAAAUUUCAGUGUGUUGAAAGGCAAACCCAUUAGGGUAAUGUACUCUAACCGGGACCCUACUCUUCGUAGGACUGGUGCAGCUAACCUUUUUAUAAAGAAUUUGGAUAAGUCAAUCGAUCACAAGGAUCUAUUCGAUGUUUUUGCGACUUUUGGAAAUAUUCUAUCUUGCAAGGUUGCGAGGGAUGCUUCUGGCGUGUCUAAAGGUCAUGCUUUUGUGCAGUUUGAUAACGAAGCCUCUGCAAAAGAGGCUACUGACAGGUUAAAUGGCAUGCUGCUCAAUGAUAAGAAGGUCUAUGUGGGUCCUUUCAUGCGAAAGAAGGAUAGAGAGGCUGUUCCUAGUGGUGACGCAAACUUUAGUAAUGUUUAUGUAAAAAACCUGUCGCAUAAAAUAACGGAUGCUGAAUUGGGGACAAUUUUUGGAGAAUAUGGACCCAUUACUAGUGCUGCAGUGAUGAAAGAUGCAGAAGGUAGAUCAAAAGGUUUUGGUUUUGUCAAUUUCACAAAUGCUGCUGCUGCUAGAGCUCGGGACGCUCUUGAUGGAAAGACUUUUGAUGGUAGGCAGUGGUAUGUUGGAAAAGCCCAGAGAAAAACUGAAAGGGAGCUUGAGCUGAAAGAGCGUCAUGAGCAGAAUUGGAAGCGUCAACCUUAUAAGCAAGCUCGGGACGCUCUUGAUGGAAAGACUUUUGAUGGUAGGCAGUGGUAUGUUGGAAAAGCCCAGAGAAAAACUGAAAGGGAGCUUGAGCUGAAAGAGCGUCAUGAGCAGAAUUGGAAGCGUCAACCUUAUAAGCAAGGACGCAAAUCGGGCUGUAUCCGCACUGGUCGCGAUCCUAGUUCCAGGACUUACGAGAUUAUUCCACCGGUGAAUUGGGGGAUUCGGAUUGUGCCGGAGAAGAAGGCGUUUGUGAUUGAGCGAUUCGGGAAGUACGUUAAGACUCUUCCCUCUGGAAUCCAUUUUUUGAUUCCUUUCGUUGAUCGUAUCGCUUAUGUACAUUCGCUCAAGGAGGAGGCUAUUAACAUUCCCGACCAGAGUGCUAUUACCAAGGACAAUGUCACCAUCCUCAUCGAUGGAGUGCUUUAUGUCAAGAUUGUGGAUCCUAAGCUGGCGUCUUAUGGGGUGGAGAAUCCCAUUUAUGCUGUCAUUCAACUGGCACAAACAACAAUGCGUAGUGAGCUUGGUAAGAUUACUCUUGACAAGACUUUUGAGGAAAGGGACACACUCAAUGAAAAGAUUGUGGAGGCCAUUAAUGUGGCUGCCAAAAGUUGGGGUCUGGAGUGCCUUCGAUAUGAAAUAAGGGAUAUCUCUCCUCCACGUGGAGUGAGAGCAGCUAUGGAGAUGCAAGCAGAGGCAGAAAGAAAAACGAGAGCUCAAAUUCUUGAAUAUGAAGGAGAAAGACAGGCACACAUAAACAUUGCCGAUGGAAAGAAGAGUUCAGUGAUCUUAGCAUCAGAAGAUACGAGGAUGGAUCAAGUUAACAGAGCCCAAGGUGAGGCUGAAGCCAUCCUAGCUAAAGCAAAAGCAACAGCUGAGGGACUGGCUCAUGUGUCAGCAUCCCUAAAAGAAAAUGGAGGACCAGAGGCAGCUAGUUUAAGGAUUGCAGAGCAAUAUAUUCAAGCUUUCAGUAAUAUAGCCAAGGAGGGCACAACAAUGUUGCUUCCUAGCUCUGCAUCCAAUCCUGCACAACAAGGUGCACCACCUCGAAUUCUAACGUACCCUACGAGGCCUCCUGAGAUGACACCACAAUUAUUGUAUGGGCAAACACAUCGAGCAAUCAUAACUCAAACUGCAUUUGGUUUCCAGCAACAGUUUUUUGGUGGAGGGACGGGUCCAGCGCCAGUCUUCUAUCCAGUUCUUCUGCCGCCGCCCAGGGGACCCCAAGAAGCAGAUGGGUCCAAGGGACCUAUUUAUCAUAAUCCUCCUCCUGCCCCCAAUGCUCAAAAUAUUCGUCCGGAACCGAAAGGAACAGCUGAAGAAAUGCCCCCUUUUAUUGGCACUGGUCAGCCAAUCCCAAUUCAGGCCCUGGCAGCAGCCGUUGCCAAUGCUACUACUCCUGAUCAGCAGAGGAUUCUGCUUGGGGAAACUUUAUUCCCGUUAGUAGAAAAGCUGGUGCGUGAUGCAGCACCAAAGGUUACUGGUAUGCUUUUGGAGAUGGACCAUGCUGAGGUAUUACAUCUGAUUGAGUCACCAGAUGCUCUCGACACAAAAGUUACUGACGCCAUGUAUUUGUUGAGAAAAUUUGAAGAGAUCAAACAAUCGAUCGACUAA